AUGGGCCAUCACCUUUUACUUGCAGUGAUAAAAGUCGAGAUGUUCCUUAACAGCAUCAACAAAAAGAGGCGAGUGAAAGUGAAUGUUAUCUUGUUAGUGUGCGCGUGGACCCUGAGUGUAACCCUGAUCGUUCCGCUGAUGGUGAAAAAUGGUGGAGCAAUGUGGAACAGAGCAGAUGUUGAUGAAGCCAGCUGGAUGUAUCACCUUUGUCCUCACUAUCACGCGAAGCCUAGCGCACGGGACACGCUCAGCUGGCGCCCUCCUUCCGCGCAAGACAUCUUCUUCACACAGACUUCGUGCGCAGUCGCUCUCUCCAUAAGGGAGGCGUGUGCUGUGGAGAGCGCCGCGCGUCAUCAUCCUCAUCAGCAGGUCCUUGUCUUCAUGACUGCACCUGACCUGGACCGCUCUCACCCUCUUCUGCAGUUGCUGCAGACGCUAAGCAACGUGCAACUGGCGUGGUUAGAUCUGGACCAGGUAUUCGUGGAGGGCGCGGUGGGACAGUGGCACCGAGAUCGCCUGUGGAUGUACAGCGAAGGUCGGACUUCGGCUGAGGUGAGUGACGCCGUGAGGGCCGAGUUGCUACGUCGCUAUGGAGGAACAUACAUUGAUUUGGACGCCAUAACUCUCCAGCCUUUGCCCAACACCACGAACUGGCUGGGCCGCAUUGACUCUAAUUUAGUCACCGCGGCCGUGUCACGUUUUGCUCCAGGAAACCCACUUCUUCAGCACAGUCUUUGGCUAAUAGCGUGCCGUCUCCUUAACACAAAAGUUUCGUCUCCGUCCUCUGCGCCGCCCUCCAGAAUCACGGAAGGCCGGCGGCGGGGCGCGAGGGUCUGGGUUGGUAGAAGGAGACUGACGGCAAAAAAUGGCGAGGAAUGUCCUAGUUCUGUAGUAGACAACAUCCCGUCGUCCUUCAAUCCCCAAGGAUGCUGCAGCAUCGGGCCCAACCUCUUCACACACAUCCUCCACCAGAGCUGCCCCAAGAACGUCACCACCCCCUCCUCCGCCGAUCCCGCUCAGGCCGAGCACUGCAACGGCGUCACGAUUUUCCCCAGGUCCUACUUCUACCCCAUCCACUACGGGUACGAGGAGGACCAGCUGGAGAGCAUCUUCAGGGAGGGAGAGGGCCUGGGGCGCGCGUUCCUCUCCAACACGCACGCCUUCUCGCUACAUCUCUUUCACUCCCUCUCCCACCAGGGUCGUGUUUCUCCCGCCGGCGACUCUGUCCUCAGUGAAGUUGCGCAGAGGAACUGUCCCGAUGUUUUUCAGAUCGUGAAAACUAAAGAUCUGUGGCUCUAG